AAAUUUUCUAUUUUAUUCUCAGCCAGCAAUAUUAUGGUGCCACCCAUUACAUCUGAUGAAUUUUGUGAAACUUCCGGCUGCUUUGGCGAUUCUGCAAAUCUUCACACAACCCUGGAACGGCUCAAAAUCAAUAUAAAUUCUGAUGCCAAAAAGCUAGUCGAUACAAAUGGUGAUUUAAAGAAACAUCAACGAUUCCUUCGAAUAGCAAAAGUGACGUCACUCCGGAGUAAGGAUCCAAACACACAAGUUGGGUGUGUUAUUGUGGAUAAAGACAAUUGCAUUGUGUCGGUUGGAUACAAUGGAUUUCCGAUUGGGGUCGAUGAUGACGUUUUUCGAUGGGAUAAAGAAGAUCCAGAAGACAAUAAACAUCUUUAUGUUGUUCAUGCCGAGAUGAAUGCCAUAAUAAAUAAACGAUGCACUACUCUUCACGAUUGUACAGUCUACGUCACUUUGUUCCCUUGCAAUAAAUGCGCUCAAAUGUUGAUCCAGUCCCGAGUCAAAAAAGUCUACUUCCUAGAAAAUCGUGAUGAAUUGGCAUUUCGAGCUUCAAAAAAGAUGCUCGAUCAUGCGAGGUUGCCAUACGAACAAAUUGUGAUGCCACAAGAAGCUUAUGUGAUUGAAUUAUAAUGUGAUUGCUGAAUUUUUUAAAUAUUGUGCAAUUUUGAGUCUGUAACAUUAUCCCUGAUACAUUUAAAUAUUUACGUGUAUUUGUUUAUUUUUCUAAUCAGUACUUUUUUUCGCAAUUACUAAAAAUCAGUUUUUAAUAAAGCUUCAUUGAAAUUUG